CUAAUAUGCAUAAUAAAAUACAAAAGAUAAGAAAGGUAAAGGAACGCCAGAACUAGGAGAUUAAAAAGCUCGCAACCUCACAAGGAUAAUAACUGUCUUUGAGAGAGCUGUCGUUCACGCAAAAGCGAUGGCGGCGAGAGCAGUUCGUAGCAGCGUAGUCACCGCUUUAAGCUUCGUGCCGGCGAAGUCAUCUCUCUUCUCCGGUAAAUCCAAGUUUGUCGGUGUUUGGACCAUCGAGAAGCGAUGUUUUUCCUCCAAAAUAAGCAUGAGCUUGAGAGCCGGCAUCGUCGGUCUCCCCAACGUUGGCAAGUCCACUCUCUUUAACGCCGUCGUUGAGAACGGAAAGGCUCAAGCUGCUAACUUCCCCUUUUGCACGAUUGAACCGAAUGUCGGUAUUGUGGCCGUUCCUGAUCAGCGUCUACAAGUGCUCUCUGAUCUCAGUAACUCUCAGAAAUCCGUCCCCGCAUCCAUAGAGUUUGUGGACAUUGCCGGUCUUGUGAAGGGAGCCAGUCAAGGAGAGGGUUUAGGCAACAAGUUCUUGUCUCACAUCCGAGAAGUCGAUUCAAUUCUCCAGGUAGUGCGAUGCUUUGAGGACAAUGAUAUUAUUCAUGUGAAUGGCAGAGUGGAUCCUAAGUCUGACAUUGAUGUCAUCAAUCUCGAACUUAUUUUCUCUGACUUGGAUCAGAUCGGUAAAAGAAUUGAGAAACUAAAGAAAGGGAAGGCCAAGGAUUCCCAAUCCAAAGUGAAGGAGGAAGCAGAAAAAUCCGCCUUGGAAAGAAUCCAGGAGGCUCUUAUGGAUGGAAAACCUGCUCGGUCAGUCGCAUUGACAGAUCUUGAGAAGGAUGCCAUAAAGCAUCUCUGCUUGCUUACAGUGAAGCCAAUGAUCUAUGUGGCAAAUGUUGCAGAAUCUGAUCUAGCUGAGCCUCAGAAUAAUCCAUACGUUAAAGAAGUGAAGGGUCUUGCAUCUGAGUUGCAGUCAGGACACGUAAUUAUUUCAGCACAGGUUGAAUCUGAGUUAACAGAGCUUCCACUUGAAGAAAGGACAGAAUAUCUGAAGUCCCUUGGUGUCAGUGAAAGUGGUCUUGGAAACCUUAUCAGGGCAACAUAUAGCCUGCUAGGGUUGCGUACAUAUUUCACUUCUGGUGAAAAGGAAACAAAAGCUUGGACCAUACACGAAGGCAUGACUGCACCGCAAGCUGCCGGAGUCAUUCACUCGGAUUUUGAGAAGGGUUUUAUUAGAGCUGAGACUGUUGCAUAUGAGGACUUUGUCUCUGCCGGCUCAUUUGCUGCAGCAAGAGAAAAGGGUCUUGUCAGAGGGCAAAGAGUAUGUCGUUCAAGAAGGAGAUGUGAUGCUCUUUCGCUUCAACGUAUAGCACCAAUCAUCUCUGUGCCUGAGAUGCAUAAUUCAAGUAAGAUCUCCAAAGCAUCACCAAAUCGGAUUUCUUUGCUUAAAAGUAUUACAUUCUUUGUUUUCCUUCCGGCAUGAAGGAAUUCGGGAUCAAAGAGUAGAUUUGUUAAAUUCAUGGGGAUAGAGAGAUGAACAAUCCAUUUUCUUUUGCAACUUGGCAAAAGGAGCAAUUAUAUACGUUAUGUCUU